UUGGCGAAGCCCGUUCCUGGGGCGCCCCUCCCCCCUCCCCGCUGGUCCCGGCGGUUGGGCUCGCGGCGACGCCAAGGGAGCGAGCGGAGCCGGCCAUGAGCGGCGAGGGCGGGGCCUGGGACCCGGCGGCCGCCAAGCAGCGGCGGCUGGACCCGGCGCGCCAGUCGCAGAAGGAAACCGAGGCCGCCCAGGCGCUGGCCGACAUGACGGCCUGGAGCGGCGGGAGCCUUGGCGGCGCCUGCCGGCAGGGGGCGCGCGAGGCCGCCGCCGCCGCGCCGGAGGAUGGGGCCGGCCAGCAGGAGGCGCGCGAAGCUGCUGCCGCCGCCGCCGCCCUCCUCCCCCCGAGCUCCCCCGCCGGGGACUCGGGCGCGGAAGGGACCCCGGGAGCCGCCGGCGACGAGGCCAAGGGCAGCCCCGGGACGGGCGACGGCCGCGAGAGCCGGAGGAAGAGGAAGGAGGCCCGCGAGAGGCGGAGGCCCGUCGAGGCGGAGGAUGAGUGCUCCAUCAUCUCGGUGGGGGAGGACGACGACGACGACGACGAGGAGGAGGAGGAGGAGGAAGGCGAGCCCGGAGGGAGGCCGCCGCCGCGCAAGACGGAGCAGUACCUGGAAGCGCUGGAGGCCGUGCAGUUGGAGCUGGAGGCGGUGAACCAGCAGGCCGGUCGCGCCUUCGCCCAGCUCAAGGCCAAGUUCGGCCACAUGCGCCGCCCGCACCUGGAGCGGAGAAACCUCAUCAUCCGAAAUAUCCCCGGCUUCUGGGUCACGGCCUUUCUCAACCAUCCCCAACUUUCAGCCAUGAUCAAUGACCGGGAUGAAGACACCCUGAGCUAUAUGACCAAUCUGCAGGUUGAGGAUUUCACCCAUGCAAAAUCAGGCUGCAAGAUCAAGUUCUACUUCAACAGCAACCCCUACUUCCAGAAUGAGGUCAUUGUGAAGGAGUUCCAGUGUGGUUCAUCUGGAAGACUAGUGUCCCACUCUACACCUAUCCGCUGGUGGCGUAGCCAGGAUCCAAUAGCACAUGGCCGGAAGAAUUUUGGCCGCAGUUUCUUCACUUGGUUCUGUGACCACAGCUUCCCAGCAGGGGACCGUAUUGCCGAGAUAAUUAAAGAGGACCUCUGGCCUAAUCCGCUGCAGUACUACUUGAUGGGGGAAGGUGGUGAAAAUGGUGAAGAAGACAGUGAGACAGAGAAUGGUGAUGACUUUGUGGUGAUUGUAGAUGAUGAUGGUGAAGAAGAGGAUGCGACGGAUGUGCAUGAGAUCAUGGAUGAGGAGGAGGGUGGGCGAGGUGAAGCUGUGGAAGAGGUCCUGAGUGGCCAAGAAGAGGGUGUUACCGGUCCCAGCUCCUCUCUCCGUGAGGAGCCAGAUGGGAAAGAUUCUGAGGCAGAAGAUGAUGGCUAGAUCAUUAUGGAAAGACUGUCUGGUUGGACUUCCUCAUGGUGACCUCAGUGGCACUUUGACCAAUUGCACUUGGACAUGGCAGGAUAUGGUGGUGGGAAGUUUCAGGAGCAGUCACAUUGGUUAUUUUGUACCUUUAUUUAUUGCAGCGACUGCAUUUCCCUCCCUGCCCUGGGGGUGUGUAUGUUGCCACACACCAGCACUCCCCCAUCCCCAUUGUCUGAUGCUUAGCAUCUCUUCCUACCUGCCUGCAUGGGGGCUAUAUGCAUACUUGCCCUGUCCCCUGUUGGCUACUCAGGGUAUAGCCUGCCCAGUGGCCUUUUCAAAACAGCUCAGGGUUCCUUUCUUCCAUUCAGCAUUAUUAAGCUGCUGACUUUCACACCUUCCCUGCACUUCUCCCUGUGAGGAUUCUACUCAUCCUGUAAACACUUCAGCUUUAGAAUGCCCUCUAUAGGCCAGUUAGUGCCUAUUGCAGUUGAAACAUAGCCCUUACCCUGCUUCCUCCCCAAAGAGUAAGGCCCAACAUUUUUGGAAGACAAUAGUACUCUGCCAAUUCUCAAUGGGUUUAAAAUGGUCCCUGCUGAUUCAGAUGCAGGCCUUGCACCUGGAGGCUUUGCCGAAGCAAUAACAGCUCCCUAGUUGCACAAUGUUCUGCUUGGGGUUGUUGUGUAUGAGGGAAAAGAAUGGCUGGCUGGGAGGAGGACUGAAGUGCUCUGCUUUUGUGCCCAGGGAUUUCGCAAAUGUUCUGGGGUACUGUGGUGGUGUGGGAAUAUUUCUUGCAGCAGCAUGGCACUAUAGACAUGUAUGUGAUGUCACCCCACCCUUUAACUAUGUAUUUAUGCAUAGUUUCCUAGCAAUGUUUCUAAAGCAUCAUACCUGGUUGGACCCCUUCCUUAUCCUUAUCCCCAUGGAGGCUGCUCUAUGCAAUGCUACUGAUAUUUGUAGAAAGGCAACUGUUUUCCUUGGCUGAGUUUUUUGUAUAUUUCGUAUCAGGACUUUGUACGUUUGUUUUUUUUACUACAAAAAAAGCACUUAAUAUACAGAGAGCUUUCCAA